AAAACAAGAUGGCAGCUCUGCUCCAGUUCAAAGACUGUCACAACCUUCGUCGUGUAUUCAGCUAAAUACCCGUUCUUUUCCUGUCGCAAGGGUAUAAAUCCAGCAUUACUAGAUAAAAGGGCUGAUGUGCUAAGUCUGUGGCGGUCAUGGGAAGUCUUGGUCAGUCAGGGAUCGGAGUAUGGACCUUUAUCCCGUCCCCUCACCCGACCGGUCAAUGCGGGACAAAUGGACUCCCAUUGACCCCAAACUCGAUCGUGGUGAUGGGCCGUUUCCAGGCCUUGAAAACUCUCUACCAUCCACACAUUUGUCAGUAUCUUGAUAUUAUCAGAGCGAAACACGAGCGAUUGAUUGUAGCAGAGGAGUACUAUGAGGAUAAUCUUCUUGCAAGGAUAACAUCUGGAUAUCAGUUUAGUAAUGCAGAGCUUGUGAAUAUUGCUUAUGAAGUCAUCCAAGCUCUUGCAUACUUGAACAGAAAGGAAAUUAUUAGCAGAAAUAUCUCCCCAAGCAAUAUUUUGCUUGAUGCAAAGGGGAAUGCCAAGUUGUCCAAGUUUGGCAUUGAUCACAUGACUUUACAUGGGUCCUUAGUUUAUUUUCCUGUUGGAUCUCCACAGUAUUUGGCUCCUGAGGUUGUUGCUUCUGGGCCUGGUCUAUCCUUGCUUUAUGGUCCCUCAAGCCCUAAGGUCGAUGUUUGGUCAUUAGGGAUGGUUUUAGUCCAUUUAAUUAUGGGUUCUUUAUGGCCAGGCUUGUCCGAGAGCUGUGAUGUCGACAUUAUUUUUAAGAAAAUCAUGGACUUGGUGAAAACCCAAGCAGAAACAUUUGAGUCAGUUCUAAACAUAUUGGUAAAUGAGCACAAAGCUCCUCAUAAAUUACAGAAUCUCUCUGCUGAGCUUCUGUCUUUUCUUAAGUCCUGUCUUACUCCAAAGCCGACAGAAAGGCCAUCGCCCACUGAGCUCCUGGGCCAUGAAGUAUUUGCUAGUUUAAGGCAAAACAAGGUUCCUACUCCAUGUAGAAUGCAGUAUUUCUUAGCAACGGACCGCUCUGUGCAUAUGGAAUUGUCAGAUCUGUGCAGUGAUAACCUUGAAUAUGGUGAGACUGAAAGUGAAGAUUUGCUUGCUGAGAGGCCACUUGGAGAAGUUUACCAUCUUUGGUCACUAGCUGGCGGUGAUCUGGAGGGGGAAUUAAAGAAGCGAGGACUCAUCAAGACCAAGCCACCAAUACUUUCACUUCCAAAUAUAUUUCUUCACACUGGUGAGGAAUUUGGAGCCGAGAAAGAUAAGAUCCUUCUUCUAGAUGAAACAACUGUUCCGUUAUCUCUCCUGCAGUUACGGGAGAGGCUAAGACACCUUGAUGAGGCUGUUUAUUAUCCACUAAUCGAAGAAGACGAUCCUGCGAGCAAGACUGCAAUGUUGGACUCUGCCGAGCUUCCCCUGGUCAUACGGGAGAGAACUGUUGACUAUCAGUUUCACAGGGUUGUCCUCUUCCAAAGACUCCUUUUGGGAUACCCGUAUACAAGAGAUCGGCUCGUGCGAGAGGCGCGUGCCGAUAUACCCCCUAUGCUAAGGGGACAGAUUUGGGCUGCACUACUCGGUGUACAGGGUGAUAUUCAGGCCACCUACAAUGCAAUCGACAAAGAGUCCACCUCUAAUGCGGAUAGACAGAUAGAAGUGGACAUCCCGCGCUGUCAUCAGUACGACCAGCUGCUCUCGUCACCUACAGCGCAUGCAAAGUUCAAACGCGUCCUAAAGGCCUGGGUCGUGUCGCACCCAAACCUCGGCUACUGGCAAGGACUAGACUCUCUCUGCGCACCAUUCCUUUCCCAGCAUUUCAAUGACGAAGCUCUGGCCUACGCAUGUUUGACGGCGUUCAUCCCCAAGUACCUAUACAACUUCUUCCUCAAAGACAACGCCCCCAUAAUACAAGAAUACCUUGCAGUCUUUUCUCAGCUGAUCGCGUUUCACGAUCCAGAGCUUUUUAGUCACAUGCACAAGAUCGGCUUCAUACCGGAGCUGUAUGCGAUCCCCUGGUUUCUGACUAUGUUUUGUCACGUCUUCCCUCUUCACAAGAUUUACCAUUUGUGGGACACCCUGUUGCUUGGCAACUCUUCAUUCCCACUAUGCAUUGGGGUCGCCAUCCUGCAGCAGCUGCGAGACCAGCUAUUGUCUUUUGGAUUCAAUGAAUGUAUCCUACUGUUUUCAGACAUGCCAGGUAUCGAUAUCGAGCGCGUUGUGCGGGAUUCCAAGAAGAUCUUCUCGUGGACGCCUCGCACUGCCGCCAUGAGACGAUAUGAGUACGCCGUCGCUACAUCCAAAUCUAAGCCGGAGAAAGAUUUCUUGUCACUCAAAGACCUCAAGGCGGAGGUGUGUCCGCGCGUCUCUGCGCAAGAUCUAGUCCACAUCAUGGAGUUAGGGGAGAAUUCCUGGACUACAAGCAGCACCUCUCCCAGGAAGAAGCCACGUGGGAUAGUGGUAGACGUGCGCACGCCCGACGAACUGCACCGCGGACAGAUCACUGGUAAUGUAAACAUACCAUUCAACCAGGCCUUCACUGAAGACGGAACUCUUGCUCAGUCUCCCGCUGCCGCCACCUUGGCGACUUUCAAGGGCAAGAUAGUGGUUAUUAUGGGAAACAAGACUAACUAUCCCGCUAAGAUCGCGGCAGAGCUCGUCGACCUUGGUUACCCGCGGGUCUGUGUGUUGGAGGAGAAAGGCAUUGCCGUGCUGCGUUCGCAGGGCAUUCUCACCGUUCCCACGUAACCCAUCAAUCAAGUUACUGAUGUCAUAUCAUGUUGGAAUGCAGGCUAUUGCAGUAGAUAUGGAAUUUCAGUCAAUCUAAAGGCCAUGUUAGGCUAAGCUCAAACGUCGUAUUAUGCAUAUUGAUGCAAAUAAACCAUGUGCAUUGUUUUAUCUUUAAUUGCAUGCACUUGCACUGAAUACGACUCAUGAAAAAUAUCUGCAUAGAUGACGAAUAAAAUUUGCAGGAUGUAGAAACACGAUACACAGGGCCAUUUACUCGUAAUGUUGCGAAAACUAGAAAAUCUACUUUUCUUGCUACUUGCAACGCACCAAAAAAAUUGCAAGUUGCAAAAAGGGAUGCUAAACGCGUAAUGUUCUCACAACUCGCAACACAAAACAGAUUGCGUUGCAAGUUGCAGUAACAAAUACCCCUUGUAACAUGGUCUUAAAACGAACGGACACAAUUCUCGAACCUGUUUGAUCGAGACAAGCAUAAAUAAUGUUUCCUAUAUACAUUGGCCCGCCAAAGACAAAGUACGCACUUGCUUGGUUCACGAGAUUUCAGUACUGUUAUGUCAAAAGCCCCUCCAACAUUGUAAAUAAAGUGAGCAACUGAGAA